AUGCAACAAAUUGACUCGGAAUCCACGGUCAUGACUUCCGAGAUGGAAGCAAAACGAACAAAACUCUUUGAACGAAUGCAACAACGAAGUGAAGAAAUUAAAAGUAAAAGAGCUCAAGAGAAUAAGGAGAAUCCAGCACUGUUUUGGAAGGAAUUUAAUGAGAGAGUAGAACAACAGCAAUCGGCUCAUGAGUUACAAUUGUUUUUGAAUCAACAUGUACACUAUCUUCCGAAUUAUGAUGUUCGGAAAGCAGAUGAAAAAAUUAAGAAAAUGCAAGAAGAAUUGAAAAAGGACAAGAAGGUCUUUUCAUUUAAAAAGAAAACCACCACUCCCUCCUCGAAUACAUUCACACCUUCCACGCCUGUGUCAUCGGCAUCGUCGUUGACACCCUCUUCUUCAUCAUCGGAGGAUUUAAAGAUGAUGACCUCAUCAUCCUCAGGUGUGAAAUUGCCAGAGACGAACAAGACUGUCAUUGAUUUGAGCAAUUUUGAUAAGACUAAUUCCAAUGUACACAACGUAGUGCCAACCAAAGAGAAGGAAAGUUUUGCAAUUUGUAAUGGAGUGAAUCAAACAGUAUUCAUUACAAAUAUUAUUGGAGCUGUAUAUAUUUCAAGUUUACAAAAUUGUACCAUUUGUAUUGGACCAGUGUGUGGUGCUGUGUUCUUGUCGAAAUGUACAAAUUGCACAUUCCAACUUGCAUGUUGGCAAUUGAGAAUUCAUGACAGUGUCAAUUGUACAUUCCUUAUUUGCCCAAAGAACAAUCCAAUUAUUGAGAAUUGUAGUGGUCUCAAAUUUGGAAAAUAUAAUUUUUCCUAUGAAGGAAUUCAAGAACAAUUUAAAUCAUGCGACAUGUCACUCGAUGAUGAAAGCAAGAAUAAGUGGAAUAAGGUUCAUGAUUUUAAUUGGUUAAAACCAAACGAGCCAAGUCCAAAUUUUGUUCUCCUCAAUCAGUAA